AGAGGUACAACCUGGUGAGCUAAGCGUAAGGGAUUCUAGAACCUCGGCUCCCGAAUUGCGGCCAGGACACGGAUAUCAGCUCCCUAAGGAUGCUUAGUGCCACCAUCCUGUGCUUCCUCCUGGGAGCAUUCAGCUUCCUGAGCACUGGGGCAGAAGAGCAUGUGGACAGCCACGGCCAUGCUGGUGUUCGCCUGGAUAAGAGCAUGGUACAAGACAAAGAGCAUAUCAUGGAGCACCUAGAGGGUGUCAUUGAGAAAACUGAGUUGGAGAUGUCUCCCCAAGAACUGCAGCUGCAUUACUUCAAGAUGCAUGAUUACGAUGGCAAUAAUUUGCUUGAUGGCCUAGAACUCGCUACUGCUAUCUCUCAUGUCCAUAAAGAGGAAGGAGAGGACCAGGCAUCCGUCAUGAAGGAAGAAGAACUGAUGAACUUGAUUGAUGAAGUUUUAAGUGAUGAUGAUAAGAACCGUGAUGGCUACAUUGACUAUGCUGAAUUUGCAAAAUCCAUGGAAUAGAAAUCCAUUGACAAUCUGCUAGUUAUAAGCAAAUGUGACCCAGUAAAAUGUGAUCGAAUGCUUGCCGUAUUGCAGGAUAGUCAUACUUUUUGAAGGAUGAGACCCUGUAGCAACUUGUUACUUUGGGGUGAAUGUAGAAACUUUUCGGCAGACAUGACUCAAAAUUGAUGAAACUGCAUCCCACUCCUGAAUUCAUGUUUAACUUCUUAACAUACAAGCACUUUUGACAGUGGUUUGUCAUUGAGGUGUGGGUGCUUAGAAGUUCAGUUUUGAAUGUAGGAUGCUACCCGACUCUUGGUUUUAAAGUUAUCUGAAAAUCUUGUCAAAUGAAUACUUUUUUCAUGUGAUCAGGGAAACUUCAUAUGACCUAGGAAACGAAUGGUGGCCCAGACAUAAACCCGGCCGAAUAUUUAUCUACCCCACAUGUCCUCGUUUAAUCAGUGUUCUCUAUAGCUCGCCCAGUACAGAUGGUUGCUUGCUGUAGGCAGGCGGCUAUUUGCAAGGAUGUUUAUAGCUACAAACAUUAGAAAGGAAUGUUUGCCAAAUACUGAAUUCAACUCUUAAUAGAGCCUAUUGAUGAAAACAGUUUUGACUUGGGUGUAUAUAACCCUUAAGUUGACCUCAGCAUUUAAGCUUUUCAGUCUUUCAAUAUUUUACAGGACUACUGCCACAUCUCUAUACUUUAUUUUUGUGAUUAUUUUUUAACAUUAUAUUCAACCUGGGGGAGACCUUGAAUGAAUGUAACGUGUUUCUUUGCUCCAAACAAUGUCAAAAAUGUUAACAUUGUUAAUGUUUGUAUUUAACACUAAUUUCCAGAGUUCCAUUUUAUGGUCUAGGAACUAUAGGUGAAAUGUAAAAACUCUUACAGGGGAUAUAUAAAAUACAAUUCUCGAUAAUCUAACCUGCAUCAGAAUGAAAAAAGAUUAUACUGCCAGUUAAGGGUUAGUGAGAUACCUUAACAUCUUAACUAGGUAGAUAUCAUAAGGAAAGUUUAAAAUUGUUUAAGUGAGCUUUCCUGGUCUAGAGAAAACUUGAAUUCUUUCAGAUGAGUAAAAAAGGCCUAGGGUCCUUUGAGCUUCGCAGGCUCAACAGUAUUUGAAAAGAAAGACAAUGGCACUGAGACAGAAAGCACUGUUGUCUCAGUUCUACUUUGGACUAGAUUGAUGUUCUGUGUUAAAUGGCUUUAGAAAACCAGAAAUGAUGUCAUUAUUGUAAGUUUUAGGAAAGGAAUCUGAUUACUGAAAUGUGUUCUAAGAUGUUCAGAGAACUAUUUUCUAUAUUAAAGUAUUCCUAAAAGAAAACUGUGUUCAUAAAAAUGGUUUCCUGUGUCGAGUGUUUGUACAAUCAGAGCUAAGUUGUAAACUAUUCUUGUAAUAUCUAGUUAUUUUGAAAGAUUUGUAUAAUGGAUUAUUCUGGAUAUAUGAGUAAUAAAGAUGAUGAAAUUCAGUA